AUGAAGACAUCUUUUGCACUUUCCGUCUUGCCGUUCUUCUAUACGCACUGUAUAGCUGCCUCAGUUGACAUAUGGUCUUCACCUAUCAAGGAGCGAGCUGCACUCAAGUACGAAGCCAUCGAGCCUGAAGUUGUGAAGGCUCGCAUUGGUACUACUCCUGACGAGAACAGUGAGGGGGGCCGAGAGUCUGGCAUGGUUUAUUUCUGCCGUGAGGAGAACUGGGGAGCUCCAUGUUUCGCCUACCAUCCUGAUCUUGAAUAUACAUGCAAUGAGCUAGGCCCUGAGCUUAAAGGACACAUCGGAUCUGUUUUCGUUGAUCCUGGUAUGAUCUGCCGUCUAGCUGGAUUCAACAAUGAUCGAUGUGCCCCGAUCAAGAUAUUUGCCUGGCCCGAGACCCAGCAUGGCUGGCCUGACCUAUUCCAUCAGAAUGCCCCAGGAGGGUCUAUCAAGCUCGGAGCUGCAACAACACACUUCGCAUGCGCUGAAUUCCAGCACAUUCUAUCGAAUCAGAAGGCUUCCGUAGCUCAGUUGGUUCAAGCCCUGGCGGGAGCAAUCCCAGUGCCCUCUGAUUCGUUUUUCAUUGUCUCCAAGAUCUAUCUAGUCCGGUCCCGCCCUCUAGGCCUCAAGUUAGGUGACGCACCAGACUCCUAUGACAAUAAUACCAUCUCAGAUCAGCUCUCCAUCCUACAAAUGGUGAGAGAUAACCUGAGGUCUAUAAGAUCACAAGCGCCCUCUCCAGAGUCCGUGUAUAGAGCUCCAAGGAGCCCAUCUUCAUCAUAUCAUGACCAAGGUAUUGGAUCUGAUGAUGUGCCAUCACCUGCAUCAGACACUCGCAUGCCAAGUUUGGACUUGGGCGAUUUGACGAAAUACAGUCGUUCCAACGACCGACUAUCCGGUCUGAGAUCUUCAUCAAGCUCUUCUGUUGCUGCGAGAGUUAGGAGUCAAGGAAGCACCCACGGGACCGGAGUUGACGAGGCACCUGCUUUCGGGCACCUGCAACGACGACCCAUCCAGUCCUACCACUCCUUUGAGAUUGUAUCAAGUUCCGAGGACCUACAGUCAAAUGUGACACCUGCUCAGAAGACCAUGGCGAGAAAGCCUUCACCGGAAGACACUACCGGGGUUGAAAAGACCUACCCCCUGACACGGGUGAAGGCUCGAAUCCAAACACAGAUUGAUAGCCCAACAGAAAACCGGCAUUCAGAAAGUCCUAGCCCGUCAAUCAAGCCGCCACAGGUGGAAAGAAGAAGCAAGAGAAAAUCUUCUGUCAUGUCUCUUCGAAGCUUGACAGAGGGAGUGAAACGGUCUCGAGCUGGAGUUGAGAAGCUGGCACACAAUAUUUGUCAUAUCAGCUGCAAUAAACUUCGCCAUGCCUAUCAGAGUGCUGGGCGUCAACUUAAAGAGCAGAGAAAACACCACUCCGCCUGGAAGACACUGCGCCGCAAACUCAGAUCUGAGGAUGCCGGCAAGCCCAAACAUGAGAAACAAUCUGCGUCUUUCUCGAUCGAGCAAGGCGGGCGUGGGACAGAGUCUUGGUGGAAAGCCGGCGUAGAAAAGUAUCAUGCCCCUAAGUGGAUGCGCUUUGGGAAAUAG